AUGGCUCAAGAAGAUGUCACGUCCGCAGUUUCGGGGGAACGAAAUGUCAUUGGUAUCGCUCUUGGAAACUGUUACGGCUCAAUUGCCUGCAUAAAUUCAGAGGGCAAGGCUGUGGUCAUUGCAAAUGAAGACGGAGAUCGACAGAUUCCUGCUAUUCUAUCCUAUGUUGAAGGCGAAGAGUACAGCGGACAGCAGGCUAAACAGCAGCUAAUCCGAAACGGCAGCAAUACCGUUGCAUAUUUUCGAGAUUUUCUGGGUCAGGAUUUCGAAAGUAUAGAUCGGUCGAAUGGUCGUGCCUCGGCCCAACCCCUCAAACAUGAGGAUACUAUUGCGUUUAAAAUCAAAGAUAAGGUAGGCGAUGAGGAAUCUUUGUUAAGUAUCCAUGAGAUUGUGACGCGACAAAUCCGACGGCUUGUCCAAUCUGCAUCUGAUUAUACCGGUAAACAAAUCGAUGCGGCUGUGAUUACCAUUCCCACAAAUUUCAAUGAAGGGCAAAAGGCAGCCAUGAUUCGUGCGGCCAACAAUGCAGGAAUCCAAGUUCUACAAUUUAUUCACGAGCCCCUUGCUGCCCUUUCAGCGUAUGAUGCUCGCCCCGGAACUGAGCUUUCCGAUAAAAAUGUGAUCGUCGCUGACCUCGGUGGUACGCGAUCAGAUGUAGCUGUCAUUUCAUCAAGAGCUGGCAUGUACACUAUCUUAGCAACGGCCCACAAACAUGUCGGAGGUGAAGAUCUAGAUAAGGUCUUGCAGGACCAUUUUGCAAAAGAAUUCAUCAAAUGGAAUGGGCAGGACGCUGAUCCACGCAAUAACGCCCGAAGUUUAUCCAAGUUGAAACUAGAGGCGGAAGCGACCAAGAAAGCCCUAAGUAUCGGGACCAAUGCGAGCUUUAGCGUGGAGAGUCUAAACAUUGGAGUUGACUUUUCCUCAACCAUCAAUCGGCUUCGUUAUGAGACAAUUGCACGAUCCGUGCUAGAACAGUUCAACAAACUAGUGUUAGAAGCCGUUGAAAAGGCCGGUCUUGAUGUCCUGGAUGUAGAUGAGGUUAUACUCUCUGGAGGAACCUCUCAUACCCCCAAAAUUGCUUCCAAUAUGCGUAAUGUCUUUACAUGUCCAAAAACCGUCAUUCUCGCGCCAUCAAUAACUCCCACGGCCAUCAAUCCUUCAGAACUACACGCGAGAGGAGCUGCGUUACAAGCUAGCCUAUUAAAAGAUUACACAGAACAGGAGGUUGACUCAAUGAUGCACGAGAGUGUCCUUGCGAGGGCACAUCUCAGCAAGGCUAUUGGAGUACUAUCCAUCAGCAACGAUGUGGAGAAGGGAACUUUUAUUCCCAUAAUUCUACCCGAAACUGGAGUACCAGUGCGCCGGACGAUUCAGAUUGCCGCUCCUAGCGCUGGUGGCGAUGUUUUGAUUGCGAUAGCAGAGGGCGACUCUUCCAUCAAAGUGACUAAGCCUGAGGCAAAGGCAAAAACUAAUGGAGGAUCGACAGAUGGUGAUGAUGAAAGUGAAGAGGAUGAAGAAGAUGAAGACGAAGAUGAAGAGUUACGGGAAAAGAUAUGGAAGGCUAGUAAGAUAAUUGGACACGCAGCUAUCCGAGGCGUGCAGAAAGCUGGCAAGAUUGAAAUUACAUUGAGCAUCAGUGAUGACUUAAAAAUCACCAUUACAGCUCGGGAACUGGGUGCAAAGUCGAGUAUUAUACGGGGGAUGGCGCAACUUGAUAUUUCGCCUUAG